AUGUCUGCCUCUGUCAAAUGUGGAAUCUGUAACAAGACUGCCUACCCAUUGGAGUCCAUCGUCGCCCUUGAGAAGUCCUACCACAAGGGUUGCUUCAAGUGCUCCGUCUGUGCCUGCACCCUCAACGUUAAGAACUUCAAGGGUCUCGAUGGCAAGCUUUACUGCGCUGUCCACACCCCAAAGGCCAACGCCACCGCCGUCACUGACUCUGUUGCCAUGAAGACUGCCCUCAACGCACCAAAGAAGGUUGCUGAGGGUUUGGGCUCUGCCCAGAAGGGAUCUGGUGACAGACCAACAGUCGGUCUCGACUCAUUGGCCACCAAGAACGCCUUGAACGCACCAAAGAAGGUCGCCGAGGGUGCCCGUGGUGUCCAGAAGGGAUCCGGUGGCAAGCCACAAUACACUGUCUUCGGUGCCGCCCCAGGCGCCCAGGCCACCGGCACUCAAUACGACCAGGCCCAGUACGGUGAGGAGCAGCAGCACUACGAGCAGCAGGGUGAGGAGCAACACUACGAGCAGCAGGGUGAGGAGCAGCAAUACGAGCAGCAAUACGAGGAGCAGCAGUACGGUGAGGAGCAGCAGUACGGCGAGGAGCAGCAGUACGGCGAGGAGCAGCAAUACGAGGAGCACUACGACCAAUAA